GGACGCAGCAGCAGCAGCAGCGGGAGGAGGAGGGUGGGGUAACGCUCACAUUUGGGGCGAUUCCAGAUAAAGGGGCUGAAUCAGUGCCGGGUGCUGAGGACACAGAAGAGACCGGUCUGUGAGCUGCUCCCACCGGCACAGGGAAGAGCUGAGCUGCGGCAGGAGGACCCCAGCCCGGGAGUAGCACCGACAGUCAUAGCGGAUCGGCCGAGCCGGGACCUUCCCAAGCUGUGAAUCGCACGGAGAAGCCUGAGGGAGUUUGUGCCACUGGGGUAUCUGACAGAGCUGCGCCCCCUGCUGUCUGGAUUUGGAAUGGCCAUGUUGUGGCUGGCAGUGCUACUGACCUGCGGAGCCCCCGCUGCUCUCCUUCCAACCUCCGGGGUGGGCUGCCCGUCCCGCUGUGACCCCGCCUCCUGCGCCCCGGCCCCUACCAACUGCCCGGCGGGGGAGACGGCCCUGCGCUGUGGGUGCUGCCCGGUCUGUGCCGCCGCCGAGUGGGAGCGCUGUGGGGAGGGACCUGAGGAUCCGCUGUGCGCCUCCGGGCUGCGCUGUGUGAAGAAUGGCGGGGUGGCGAGGUGCCAGUGUCCCUCCAACCUACCGGUCUGUGGCAGCGACGGCAAAACCUACCCCAGCCUGUGCCGCCUCCAGGCCGAGAGCAAAGCGGCUCAAGGGAAGGGAUCCGCCGCUAUCAUCCCCAUCCAGAGGGGCGACUGUCAGCAAGGACAGAGGGACCCGGACAGCCCGCGCUAUAAGUACAACUUCAUCGCUGAUGUGGUGGAGAAGAUCGCCCCCGCUGUCGUCCAUAUUGAGCUCUUCCGCAUGCUCCCUUUCUUCAAGCGCGAGGUGCCGGCAGCCAGCGGCUCUGGGUUCAUCGUGUCGGAGGAUGGGCUCAUACUGACCAACGCCCAUGUCGUGACUAACAAGCAUCGGUUGAAAGUGGAACGCAGCGAUGGCUCCACCUAUGAUGCGCAGAUCAUUGACGUCGAUGAGAAGGCAGAUAUCGCCCUUAUCAAGAUCAAAGCAAAGGGGAAGUUGCCGGUUCUGCUGUUGGGUCGUUCGGAGGACCUGCGCCCGGGCGAGUUUGUAGUGGCCAUUGGGAGCCCUUUCUCCCUUCAGAACACUGUGACGACUGGGAUUGUGAGCACUGCUCAGCGUGGGGGCAAAGAGCUGGGUCUACGGAACUCUGACAUGGAUUAUAUUCAGACCGACGCCAUUAUCAAUUAUGGAAACUCUGGGGGCCCCCUCGUCAAUCUGGACGGUGAAGUGAUCGGUAUAAACACCCUGAAGGUGACGGCGGGGAUCUCCUUCGCUAUUCCGUCUGAUAAAAUCCGCAAAUUCUUGGCGGAGUCGCACAACAGGCAAUCUACAGGUCAGGGCACUAAGAAGAAGAAAUACCUGGGGAUACGGAUGAUGUCACUGAGCCAAGGGAAACUGAAGGAGCUGAAGGAGCAGGUGAAGGAUUUCCCAGAGAACACCUCAGGAGCUUAUAUAGUAGAAGUGAUCCCAGACACCCCAGCUGAAGAGGCUGGCUUGAAGGAAGGCGAUAUAAUAAUCAGCAUAGGUGGCAAGUCUGUGACCUCCAGCAGUGAUGUCAGCGACGCCAUUAAGAAAGAGGGCACCACUCUACACUUGGUGAUACGCCGUGGCAACGAGGACAUCCCCAUCUCUGUGACACCCAAGGAAAUAGAAUUUUAAUGGGAGAAAUGAGCUGGUUUCAUGCUUCUUCCUAUGAAUAAAAAACCCUUCCCUUACAAUGACUUUGCCCAUAAGAGUGUACCAUUUGUAACCCCUGGGGUAAUAAGGAGCCUUCGCUUUUGCUAUCUCAUUGCUAAUUGUCCUGCUGAUGCAGCUUGAUAAAGUCUGUUUACAGUUUUUUGUAACCAAAGCUACAAUGCGAGGUGCAUUGGACUGAGAUACCUUUCAGCCAAAACAGUUCAUGGGAAGAUAUCGUGCCACAAAGCAACUGCUAUUGCCGAAAUGUCUUGCUUUAGCUGUUGGUCAGGUUGGCAGCUUGGGUGAAAUGGUCGCUAGGGUUCCUUGUAUGUUUUUAUCCUCUGAUAUAUGAAGAUAAAGUUGCCAGGCAGACUGGGGAACAGGAAAUAAAUGCUGCAUCCUGGUUGGUGAGUGUACAUGAAUACCAGGUUAGGCAAUACAGAUUGCUUCUGAGCAAACCAGAGAUAGGACAAGUAGAAUUAUAACAGUUAAUAGGGCCAGACUUGGGGUUGCUGGGAGUAGCUUGUGGGGCUAAAAAGAAUAAAAAAAUGUGACAACUGAACUGUUUUUACCUCUUUUCCACAUUCUAUUUGUCGCUGGAACCUUAUCAGUGCACAGAGCUUUGGGCCACAGGGUUGGAGCUUGAAUGGAUGUAAUGAAACAGUUGCCCAGUAUGUAUCUAGUCGCUCUGCUACUUACUUAUGCAUACGGCAGCCUCGGGCACUGCGGGCAGACUAAUGACUGGCCAAUAAUAAUGUGCAAGUGCAGAAGUGGUGUCUCCUAACUCUGCCCCCUGCUGACCCAGUGCCAGAAUUACAGUUCAGGUUUCUCUAGGGAAGCGCUAUGAAUGCUGGGCAGAAAGUUCUAUAUUUCCCUUAUACAUUGCAACUGUAUGGGGAAACGAGGGAGCAGUGUGUUCCCCCCAAGGGGCGAGAAUCCUCUGGGGCCUUAAGUAAAGCAACACAAUCCUGGCACAGAGACAUUUUUGGCAACUUUUAAAGAUUUUGAUCUGUUACUGGAAAACUUACCUGACUUUUUGGCACAGAUUAUAGUGGCUUUUCCUCAAUAAAGCUGGGUGAAUGCAAAGCCAUAAAUUGCUAAGGUACUUUGCUUUAUACAAUGACUUCUAGUAUAUAAUAGCAUGACCUAUUCUUAUAGAAAACCUACCACCUUAAGAAAUAAUUCCAAAUCCUUUUCCAUCCUGAUAGUUGAGCAAACUAAACUUUACUUACACUAUAUAAAUUAUCUAAAUCUUGUUCCCGUCAGUCUUGCAAGUACAGUCACAGCUAGCAGGCAGCUGCCAUUUUGUAACCACUGUCAGUAAGAAAAGCUUUGUAUCAUCCCAAAAUCUUGCGCCCGAUCCACUUGCCCAUGUACAGGAUACAUAAAUGCAAUGACAUCUAGGAAGUGCUGCAUGGAAAGUGAAAGUAAUUGCCUGCCCAACCUCUAUGCCUAAGGCGGGGCAGACAAUAUAUGAUUGACAGCUCAGAUUUUUAAAUAUAUGUAUAACAGGUAUGAAUGUUCUAAUAAAGAAUUAAUUUGGG